AUGCCUUCUUGCAAGCCUGCGUGCAUUACGUCUUGGCUCUUGCUCGAUAGAGAGAGGUCUCAUCCGUCCAUCCGUUGUGUGACGGGAGCCUCAAAACAGUGUCGUAUAAGUGUUCGCUCAAGCCCACUCCCGAGAAACGAUAGAAUAUCGCCACAAAAUUCUUCGUUGGGCAGCCUGGCCGGUUCUAUUUGGAGCAGUUGCCCAUUUGUCCGACCAUCUUCCAGCACUGAGUUUCAUGUCGGUGUAGAAGGCGAGCGGCGCGGAGGGCCAUCCAACACCUCUCACCCUGCUACACCUCAGCUCUCAGCAACACUCAAGCCUCAUUCACCGCAGCCUGGUUUGACCUGCUCUGCUCGCCCGCCAAACCGGGCGGCCUUGGUUGGAAGGGUGCAGACAGACAAACCUAAACCUCUGCUCCUGCUGUUUUCUCUUUUUUUCUUUUCGUCUUUUAGAUUUUGUUCUUUCUCGUCUUUGUCUUCUCUUUGGCUAUGUGCAUCGGUUCUUUACCGACAUCAAUCACCACGCCGACACACCCUCCGACACGCCCUCCGACGACUCCCCGAGUCUCGCCUCUUGAUAACUCGCAAGUCAACCAAAUCCUCACUCUCCUCCUCUUCUUCUUCCAAGUCCAAACACAGCCACUCCUCCGACAACCACGAAGAAGGAGGCCACAAGAUCCCCUACGUCUUCCUAGGCUCCAUAGCCGCCGCCUCCUUCCUCGCACACAAAUACUGGCCUAAAGGUUACGUCUACGGCGACAAGGAAGACUGGGAGCUGUCCAAAUACGAGAGAAGGGCCAGGGAGAAAUUGCAGGUCGCAAAGGCCGCCAAGAGGGGCAAGGUAAACGAGAGGGAAGUUAAGAAUUACAGUCCCCCACCAUCGGCGCACGACGGCAGGGAGGCGAGAAGGGGUGGGUAUGCCUAUAAAGGGCCACCUCCGGUAUCCCACAGGAGGGAAGUGUAUGAAGAACAGGAGGAGGGGGAGGUGUACAGCAACCCCGGAAGUAGAAGAGGAAGCCUGAAAGGUGCCGCCCCCUGGGGAAGAAUCGAUCCGAGGGGUUACUACAACGACGACGACAGAGAGUAUACCAGAGGUCUCUCCGAAUACGCCGUCGCUUCCUCGGUCCUGCGGAGUAAGAGCCAAAGCGGGAGAGACCAAUUCUACUCUGACGUUGCGCCCUCUCGGGACCGAUCCCUUCCUCCCCGUCGCUCCUCCUCUGUUGCGAACGAAGAAUAUUACAUGACACCGGCCAUCGGUCCAGCGGCCAGCCGGAAUAGAGAUAGUCACUACCCCCCGCCACCUCCGCGAAGUUAUGUUUCUGGGAGGGAGUUGAGCAGACCGAGAUACCUGAUUGAAGAGCCCCGAGCUGGACCGCCCUUGCUUGCCAGGCCAGAAAGCAUGAGGGGUAGGGAGUUGCAGAGGAGGCCAUACUAUGAUGAAAAGGUUGUAGCCCCGAGGGCUCCGAGAGAAGAGGUUGUGUAUGUGUACCGGGAUGCGCCAUCAGCAAGAAGCAGAAGGGCGUCUGUUGACCUGGGGGCUGGGAGGAACAGGGCAUUUGACUGGGAUUAUCGGUGA